AUGGCGACCAUCAUCGACUUGACCGGCAUCGGAGACGACGAUGCUGUUGAUCAGUCUACCGUCAAGCGUGAGUCAUCUCCCGACGUGAUCAUCGAACGUGUCGUCCCUUGCGAGCGUGCCACCCGGCGCCCCCAGCGAUUCGCGAGCAACGGAGCGAUCGAGAUCAUCGAUCUGACGGGCGACGAGACGGACACGGAUAAAGACUCUGAUGAGAAGACCACUCCUGCGAAUCGGGCUGUGAGCCUUUCUCGCUCUGCAUCUCCCGACAAUGAGAACGACCAGGUUGACGACAACGCCCGCCGGGCCGCUGCCACUGAUGACACCAACAACUCCAUGAGCCCACGCGAUGGCGAAUCUCAAGGAGACAAGGCCGAAGAUGAGGCCCUUGAAUAUGCCGAGAUCCCUUCGGACGACAACGAGUCUUUCCACACCACGCGCUCGCGCAGCUGCUCGCCCAUCAACGAGACUGAAGCCGAUCCUUGCCCCGGCCUGGACGACAAUGACAGCACCGCGGGCCAAGUUGAGACCGAAAGCAACAGCAGCACCGAAGUGCAAGUCAGCUUCGAACAUUCUCGCAGCCUCUCACCCGCUGAUGAUGCCAAAGACGGCAUCCAUGACACCGCGGACGACAACGACAAUGACAACGUCCUCGAUGCCGAGCACGGCAUCCGCAACGGCAGCGCAAAGCGAUCACGAAGCAGCUCAACCGUUGGAGACACCCAAGUAGGCGCCACUGGCGAUGCCGACCACGUCGACGGCAACAACAGCGCCGAAGAAGAAGAUUCGUCCCCCUCCGACGGCAAGCGGCGUCGCACCACCCGAUCGCCGCCCCCCGUCCCCGAGCACGGAACCGACACUGACCGCGCCGCCGGCGAGCAGAACACCACCACCGACGGCGACGACGACGACGUCUCCGAGGACAACGAGUCCUUCAUCGGCCCCAAGCGACGCGGCCACAAGCGAAAGCGCUCCGAAGAGACGCCCAGCCCCGACAACAGCAGCGGCAGGGACAAGCGCGUGCGCACCGAGGAGUUCCGCCUGGCGGCUUGCUACCCGGGCAUGUGGGAUGGUCGCCUCACGCAGGACAAUCACACCCCGGGCUUCAAUCCGCUUGCUCCGGUGUCGGGUGAGAUGCCGCCGCGCAAGCGCAAGGCGAGCAAGUCGCGCAGCAAUAGCUCGCUGUCCCAGCGGUCUGCCAUGGAACCAUCGGCGGGUAUCUGA